GGAGCGCUGGGGCGUACGCGCCGCUGCGUAGGGUGAGCGGCGGCUUCGUUCGGGGGACGCGGCGCCCGCCCUUUCGUCGCGGCGCGCUCGCCGGCUCCGCCGCGUCCCCCGCUUUAACGAGCCCCACUUGUGCCCGGCAUGGCGGCCAGCUGGGCCGGGGCGCCGGGGCGGCCCCGCGGCGCGGGCGGCAGCUGAGCGCGUUUAACCGAGCGAGGAGGGGGCGAGGGCGGCGCCGCCCGUCCCGCCCCUCAGCGAGCGCCGCUUCCUCCGCUGUGCCCGGGCCCCGCGCCGCGCCCAUGGAGCUGGAGCCGCAGUGGUGGAGCGGGCAGCUGGCAGCCGAUAUCCACCAGGCGCUGCGAUACAAGGAGCUGAAGCUGCCCUCCUACAAAGGCCAAUCUCCCCAGUUACAUCUGAGAAGAUAUUUUGCAGAUUUGAUUGCCAUUGUGAGCAAUCGGUUCAGACUCUGUCCUGCUGCACGACAUCUAGCUGUGUAUCUGUUGGACCUCUUUAUGGAUCGUUAUGACAUAUCUAUACAGCAGCUGCAUGUGGUUGCUCUUUCCUGUUUACUUUUAGCAAGUAAAUUUGAAGAAAAGGAAGACAGUGUUCCCAAACUUGAACAGUUGAACAGCUUGGGUUGUAUGACUAACAUGAAUUUGGUACUAACAAAACAGAAUUUGCUUCAUAUGGAGUUGUUGUUGCUAGAAACAUUUCAGUGGAAUUUGUGCCUCCCAACUGCUGCUCAUUUCAUCGACUAUUAUCUUUCUAUUGCUGUCCAUGAGACUGAUCUUCAUGAUGGCUGGCCAAUGGUUUGCUUAGAGAAGACUAAGUUAUAUAUGGCAAAAUAUGCUGAUUACUUUCUGGAAGUAUCGCUGCAAGAUCAUGCAUUUUUAAAUUAUGCCCCUUCUUUAGUUGCUACUGCGUGUGUGGCUUCUUCAAGGAUUAUCUUGCGUCUCUCGCCAACGUGGCCUACCCGACUGCAUCAUCUUACUGCAUACUCCUGGGAUUUCCUAGUGCCAUGUAUUGAACGACUAUUAAUUGCACAUGAUAAUGAUGUGAAGGAAGCAAACAAGCAAAAAGGACAACAUGCUCAAUCUGCCCAACAUACUGUAUUUCAGGCCUCAGCUCCAGCUUCACAGCAGGCUAAUAAUGCUCAACAGCAUGUACCACAGUAUCUCCAAACUCAUCAAUCUUCAUUACAGUAUCACCAUCAGGCGUCACACCAGCAAAACUGUCAACAGAUAUUAUCAUCUAAUCAUACGGCAUCUUACCCACUUCAGACUUGCCCCGCUGCCUUACAGUCUAGCGUUCAGGGUCGAGGCCAUGUACAGACUGGUGCUGCGAUGUCACUAGCUGUUCCACUAGAAGUGAAGCCAUGUCUAAGUGUCUCCUACAACCGGAGUUAUCAGGUGAAUGGACGAUAUUCCUGUAUUACUCCCUGCUUUGAGAGGUGAUAAAUACAAAAUUGUUUUGUGCUUGUUUGUUUGGGGUGGGAAGUUCUGUUGAGGGGAAUUGUUUUGGGUUUUGUUAAACCUCAAGUAAGUUUGAGGGCAACAAAUUCAAUAAAAAGUGCCUUUCCAGAAAAAAAAGCAACUGGAUUGGCAGCCAGUCCCAUAACUCAAAUGCAGACUACAAAAGAUAACCACACAGAACACCCUCUAAAAACAGCGUGUGUACCUGGGAGUAAUAAGUUCUUACUCUGGCACUCAGAAUGCUCUGCUUCUAACACGCCUCUUUGAAAUACUAGUCACAAGAAAAAAAUAGCUGUGGACUAACUACAGACUUACCUUUUAAUGAAGGAGAUAUGCAGUAUUAUUUUGAAGACAUUUAUGUGAUACCACCAUGCAGUAUUAACACUUACUUUGAACUUACUCAAACUUAAGAAUCCAUUGAAUGCCAGGCUUCUCCAGACACAGGGACCACAGGAAGCAACAAGUCUCAUCUGGCUGACUCCAUGCUCUUGCCCCUUUUUUGGCACUUGUGUUGGAUAUUUGCUUUAGGCUAAGGCAUUUGAAUUAACUGGUAUUUUGGCUAGUGUUUAAGUUUUGUACCUCACAGGAUAGACACUAUAUUUUCACUUCCUUUCUCCUCUCUAUCCUUUUUAUGUUUAAAGUAACUCUUUCAUACUAACUCAGGGAAUUUUCUACACAUUACUCAGUGCUGCUGUUUUGUACAAUUAAUUUGGUAUAACUUGAGAGAAGAAAGCAGAGAGAGAAGAGACUAUAGCAAGUGGAGUGGCUUUUCUUCAGGGCAUCUAUACGCAGAGUACCAAAGGGAUAUGUUAGUGUUCACAGAAUGUAGAUGUGAACCGCUCAGCAGCGUGGUAUUGAGUAAUUGAAAAAAAGAGAGUUUCAGCUGAAGUUGUACUGUACCAAAACUACUACAGGGGCUGAGAUUCUUCUGUGUACACAAAUACACACAUUUUAUUAACCAAAAGAAGGCAUCCUCCAAUUGGACUGACAGUAUCACAUAUGCAAAAAAAGUACAGUUGAAUGCUUGUAGAAAUCCAGUUCUGUCAGACUUACAGUGGAGGGAAAUUCUCAGGUAACAGUGGGGCAACUUCUUGUACUAUUUGGGAGUUCCAGAAGAAAAUACAGAGAUAUACUCUUCUAAACGGGUGGAUCAAAAUUAUAUUGCAGAGUGAGCUGCUUUAUCACAAUUAAGGUGCUAAUAACUUUAUGGAAUUACACUAUCUCCUGUGGAGUCUGAGAGUGGGAAGCUUCACUCAUCCCACUCUUGGAUGAAAAUGGUGGUAGAGCUAUUAACGGAGGAUUUAUUUUUUAUAAAAGCAGAUACCUGACUUUCUCCUGUGGUAGAGUAUGGAAGGAAGGGGUAUGGAUGACAGGUUUCUUAGUACUUUAAAAUAUCUUUAUAGUACAUGGGCUUAAUGCUUUUUUUGUCUGCUUUAUUUGUUCUUUUACCACCUUCUUCCCCUGUCUUUAUGGCAGCACUUAAAUUGUGUACUAUCUAAUAACACUGAAGUAUUGUGAAUCUUACAGAGACUGUUUUGAAAGUAAAGGCAAUUAAGGGCAAUUAACAUACAUUAUCAAUAUUAAUAUGAAGGCUUUGUCACAGGGGAGGGGAGCCUUACCAUAACAUUCAGACUGGAGGAAGGACAGCUGUGUUCAUUCUUUCUGAGGCUGAAUGAUAUCAUGCUACAAAAACCUACUUAUUGUUGAGGAGAAGAAAUCCUGAUUCUCUUGUUUGGUUGUUUGGUUUUUGGUUUUUUUUUUUGCCUAAAUCCCAAUUUUUGUUGUGGGCUUUUGUAGCAUAUAUGUGCAAGAGGGAUAAAAGUGUGAAUGAAAGAGAUGACCCCCUCUGCUUUAUGCUGGAGGAUCAACUUCGAAAUAGGCAUAGUGUGGUCGGUUCUUCAAUGAAAGUGCAAGUUGAUUUGGUUUUGGUUUUUUUCCCUCCUCUUUUCAUCUCUUGAUGAAUAUUUCCCCAUGUCUGAGAGUAGUGUUAAGUAGAGACUUUCCACCUCGUAAGAUGCCAUACUUUUUAUUCAGAAUUGUUACCCAUUUAAGAGGGAAAUGGACUUCUUUCUGCCAGUUUCAUUUUGUUGCAAUGCUCUAUCCAAGUCCUCAGUGCUCUAACUACCUCUGAUGCUAUGAAUGUACAGUCUUGUAAUAGACCGUGACUUGAAAUAACAGCAGAUGCCUGUAGCAAUUUUUUGCUGUAAAAUCUUUAAAUUGGCUAACUUGUCAUCUUUAUUUGUGACACAGCAGUGUAGGCUCCUCUUUUUUUGGGGUAUUAGUGAAUUUAUCCCAUAGGCAUUUGAUAUAUAAAAUUUAACUAAUACUUAACACUGGAAAUAUAAUGGGCGGGGGGCUUAUUCAGUUAGUUAAUACUGCAAAUUUACAUUUAUUAGGGUAUUUUUUAUUUGACUAUUUUAAGACAUUAGUUCAACUGUAAAAAGUUCCACUACAUGCUGUUUGUUUUUAAUUUAUUAAUUAGUCUGAGUUUCUUUCUGACACUACAGCUGCACAAUGACUACAGAGAAAAUGUACACUGAACAGUUUCAAUAUAUUAUUUAAAAGGGCUUUACUGGUGUACAUUAAAAAUACACUGUUCUUACUAUUAGAACCAAAAUGUGUUUUUUAUGGCAUAAAUAAGAAUGGUGCUCCUAAAGGCAAAAUGUCCAAAACAAUGGAAUCUUUGUGAGUGCUAUGCAUUCAACUUAUUUUUAAAAAUAAAACUAGUUUUGAGUAAGAAGGCUCCCCUGUGUGUUUUGCUUCUGUGUGUGUCGUCGGUGUUUUUAGAAUAUGUAAAAUGACCCUAAUCUGUUUUACAUCAUCCUGUGCGUGGGCUGAAGAUGUAAGGACUUUCUUCUUUCUCUCCACCCUUUCUGUGACACUAGAACAAGC